AUGGAACUUCUUUCCACAUGGGAUAAAUUUAACCCCAACUACAAAUGUGAUGUCAAGAGCAAUCUGGUGGCUGUCAUUGGUGGACUUAGCUCUGAUACGUCUCUCCACAUUGCAACCAUUCUGGGCCCUUACAAAAUUUCACAGAAUGGCAUCUGCUUUGAUUUCAUAGAGAAAAUCCCCAGAUUCAAUUUCAUCACUGAAGUUGAUAAAGUAGCAGCAUGGAUUGAUGAAAUAUAUGGUGUUAUCAUGAAGACAACAUCCAAUGUAUUGGUGUUUCAUGGGGAAAUCCAGACCAUGAUCAUCUUGGGAACAUUUCUGUGUGUACCAGAAACAGAAGUUCAUCCAGGAGGUAAAGUGUGGAUAAUGCCAGCCCAAAUGGAUCUUGCCUUAUUGGGAUUCCAAAGGAAAUGUGAUGUGCAAGCUUUACAUGGUGCAAUUUCUUUCAAUGUUCAAUCCAGUGAACUGCCAGGAUUCCAAAAUUUUCUUCAGAUCAUUAACCCUUCCUGGACCAAAGAUGAUGGCUUCAUCGAAGACUUCUGGCAGCAAGCAUUUGACUGUGAAUUGCCACAUUCUACUGUGGAGGAAAUAGUAGGGGGAAUGUGCACUGGAAGAGAAAAGCUGGAGAGCCUCCCUGGGCAUUUUUUUCAAAUGAGGAUGACCGGCCAUAGCUACAGUAUCUAUAAUGCUGUUUAUGCUGUGGCACAUGCUCUGAAGGCCAUGUGUUCAUCCAGAUCCAAACACAGACUAAUAGUGGAUAAAGGGAGAGUGAAAGUUCAGAAUCAACAGCCAUGGCAGUUGCACCAUUUUCUGAGGAGUGUUUCUUUUAACAACAGUGCUGGGGACAUGAUUUCCUUUGACCAAAAUGGAGAAUUGGUGGCCGGCUUUGAUGUUAUAAACUGGGUUUUUUCCUCAAACCAUUCCUUUCAUAAUGUGAAGGUUGGAAGAAUGAAUACCCUGGUUCCUCCAGGCCAAGCAUUAACCAUUAAGGAGGAUGCCAUCACAUGGCAUAGCUGGUUUAACCAGGUGAUGCCCCUUUCUCUGUGUAAUGAUCCUUGCCAUCCUGGAUACAGCAGGAAAAAGUUGGAGGGGAAGCCAUUUUGUUGUUAUGGUUGUGCUCCAUGCCCAGAAGGGAAGAUUACCUACCAGCAAGACAUGGUUGACUGUACUAAUUGCCCGGAAGAUCAUUAUUCAAACAAAAAACAUGAUUUGUGCAUUCCCAAGCAUUUAAGCUUCUUAUCUUAUGAAGAACCUCUGGGGAUCCUUUUAGCCAUUUUUGCUCUUUCCUUUUCCUUAAUGACAGCUUUGGUGCUAGGAACAUUUGUGAAGCACCAAGACACACCCAUAGUCAAAGCCAACAACCAGAACCUUUCCUACACUCUCCUCAUCUCCCUGCUACUCUGUUUCCUCUGUGCUUUGCUAUUCAUUGGCCGACCUCAGAUGGUGACGUGUCUCCUCCGACAGACUGUUUUUGGAAUCCUCUUUUCAGUGGCAGUUUCUUGUGUGUUGGCCAAAACUAUCACAGUGGUUCUGGCUUUUGUGGCCACCAAGCCUGGAAGCAGGAUAAAGAAAUGGGUAGGGAAAAGAUUGGCCAACUCAAUUAUCCUUUGGUGCUCCCUUAUCCAAGUAGGCAUCUGUACGGUGUGGCUAGCAACCUCUCCCCCAUUCCCAGAUGUUGACAUGCACUCAGUGAGUGAAGAAAUUGUAUUAGAAUGUAAUGAGGGGUCAGCUCUCACAUUUUACUGUUUUCUGGGCUAUCUGGGUUUCCUGGCCCUUGUCAGCUUCACUGUGGCUUUCCUAGCCAGGAAGUUACCCGACAGUUUCAAUGAAGCCAAGUUCAUCACUUUCAGCAUGUUGGUAUUUUGCAGUGUUUGGUUGUCCUUUGUUCCCUCUUACCUGAGCACCAAGGGGAAAUACAUGGUGGCUGUGGAGAUCUUCUCGAUCUUAGCCUCCAGUACAGGGCUGCUGGGUUGCAUCUUCUUCCCCAAAUGCUACAUCAUUGUGGUGAGGCCAGACCUGAACAACAGGAAACAGUUAAUAAAAAGAAAGAGUCAAAGGAGUUAA